UAAUCUUGUUGGGAUCCUUUUACUCACGCUCCAUUCUAGAUGCUUGAAACAUUUUCAACUAUUUUGGUAAUUGUGAUAAAUAUUGUCAAAUACUAAUAUCAUAAAUAAUAUAUGUAUAUAUAAAUAAUGCAUAUAUUUAUAUGCUUGAAUUCCUAUAGAAGCGCAUCUGUUGUUACUAUUAGCUUCACAUCACCUAUUCCUUCUCCUUUAGACUAGGAACCAAUCUCCUUCCUUCCUUCUCAGGCCAAAUUUGUUGUUAUUCAGCUCCAUGUUCAGAAAAUAAUUGCAGAUAAUACAUGGCAUUUCUGAGAAUCGGUUCUAAAUCUGAUGCAUUUCAUCGCCAAGGCAAGAUAUGGCAAUGCACUACAGGCUUACCCAGUGACAUUACUAUCGAAAUCGGGGAUGUCUCCUUUCAACUUCACAAGUUUCCUUUGCUUUCUCGAAGUGGGCUUCUCGCUAAGAGAAUUAACGGAGAGGACGAUUCAAACCAACCAAUCACUGUUCUUCAACUCACUGAUGUCCCGGGUGGGGCGAAAGCGUUUGAGUUCGUCGCUAGAUUCUGCUACGGUGUUAAAAUAGAGCUGAACGCUCUCAAUGUUGUCAGUGUUCGUUGCGCGGCGGAUUAUCUUCAAAUGAAUGAGGAGUUCGGGGAGGGGAAUUUAGUCGCGAAAACGGAAUCCUUUCUGAGCGAGAUCUUUGCGAACUGGACUGACUCGAUGAACGCACUUGAAUCGUGUCAGGAAGUUUUACCCUAUGCGGAGAAGAUUCAAAUUGUCUCGAGAUGCAUUAAUUCGUUGUCGAUAAAAGCCUGCGCUGAUUCUUCUCUUCUUAGCUGGCCAGUCUCUGUUCCUGAUAGUAAUGAAAAGACGAGAACCACUUCAAAUGAAACCGGAACUGUUUUAUGGAACGGGAUAUCGGUUCCCUCCGGCGACGAUUGGUGGUACGACGAUGUCUCGGUUUUACGAUUACCACUUUACAAGCAACUUAUAAGAACGGUGGAAAUUGGAGGAAUGAAGCCAGAAAGAAUCUCAGGUUCCAUCAUGUAUUAUUCGAUAAGACAUUUACAAAUUAUAAACAAUUUAUCGAAUUCGACUAAAGAUUCUUUAUCACAUCCACCCGAGGCGGAACAAAGGGCUCUUCUGGAAGAGAUCGUGGAGUUACUCCCGGUUCAAAAGGGUGCAACGGAUAGUCGGUUUCUCCUAAAACUCCUUCGAGUGGCCAUGAUAUUGCAGGCUAGUUUGCCAUGCAGAGAAAACUUGGAGAAGAAGGUUGGAUUUCAGUUGGACAUGGCCACCCUCGAGGAUUUAUUGAUACCGAAUAUGGGAUAUUCGGGCGAGACAUUAUACGACGUGGAAUGUUUCCAAAGGAUUCUCGAUCAUUUCAUGUCAACCGAUUUGGCGAUCUCUGCUUCCCCUUGUAUAUUUGAAGAGGAUCAAGUGAUAGAUGGUGCCCCGCCUUUGAUGUCGUUGACUAUGGUUGCGAAUCUUGUCGACGCGUAUCUGGCUGAUGUAGCGCCCGAUGUUAAUUUGAAAUUUCCGAAGUUUCUUGCACUUGCAGGCGCCAUUCCUGAUUACGCUAGGCCGGUUGCUGAUGCGAUUUAUCGAGCAAUUGAUAUAUACUUGAAGGCACACUCAUGGCUAACGGAUUUAGAAAGGGAGCAAGUCUGUCGUCUGAUGAAUUGCCAGAAACUUUCAUUGGAGGCGAGCACACACGCAGCCCAAAACGAGCGUUUGCCAUUACGUGUGAUAGUUCAGGUGCUGUUCUUCGAACAGCUUCGGCUACGAACAUCGAUAUCAGGUUGGUUCUUUGUUUCGGAAGGACUUGAGAAUCCACAAAGCCUGAACCUUCCUCUUGGUUCACAAGAGCGAGUUGGAAGUAUUGAUGAUGUUAGGGAACGAGUAUCGGAGCUUGAGAAGCAUUGCGAGAGCAUGAAGGAGGAAAUUCAGAAACUAGUGAAGACGAAGAAACCGUGGAGUAUCUUUUGGAGGAGAAAGUCUACAUGUAAACAACCUCCCAAUAAUGAGACUACUACUCAUCUUCCGGCUGCGGUCGAAGGGAAGACGACUACGAUCACGACGAAGAAAUGAAGAAAAUUUCACAAUUGAUAGGGGGAUUUAUGUGUUUAAAAUAAGAUGACAAUCAUGUUCUAGUUUGAAAAUGAUGGAUUUAUUUUUGGGUUAGGCAAAUUUCUGUUUUCUUGUAAAUCAUUAUACCCAUAUUUUGAAAACUUGUGAGUUGUGUCUACAUAGGUUAUGGAAAAUCUAAGAUUUGUUUGAACUUCUUGGAUAGUCUUUGUU